GAUUGUUGUUACUGUCGUUUCAAAUGGGGCGACGCCAUCUGACGGCCUGAUCAGAUCCUCAUUUGAUUGACAGGUGCCCGGGAGAACAGUGCUGCUGUAACCCGCCUCUCACAGACACCUGCAGAACAGGCCAAGGCUCAACUCCAGCUGGUGUUGCAGCCAUAACAGAUGAGGUACUGAAAGCCAAGAAGAGGAAGGACGAGGAGGCCAAGAAGAGUAAGAGGGGACGUCACUGGCUGAUCAAGUGCGAAGGAUAAAGGACAUUGAGGCCAUUGAGAGCAAAUCCUUUGUUCCUCAGGCUUUCAAAUCAUCCCGAGACAGUGUCAAGACACAGCGACAGAAGCACAGAAGUCAUUAUUGAAAUGCUCCUGCCUGGGAAAACGUGGAGGAUAUUAGAUUUGUUGGCAAUCAUUGCCGAUCCUGGGAGGGUUAGGACAAAAGGUGACAGUCCAAGUGGAGCGGGUUGAUAGAUUACACCAGGCACUGGGACCGGGUCCUGUAUCUAUCCCUCUGUGUGCUGUUGCUCUCUCUUUUAAAAAAAAAAAAUGUUUUAUCUCUCUCUCUGUCUUAUCACGGCUGUACCUGGCCUGUGUAAGUGGUAUGAGAGGAGGACAAGGAAAGGGACGGGAUUGCGUAUGGUUGUCUUCUUACCUACCUUAGUUGAAUGCACUGAUUGUACGUUUCUCUGGAUAAGAGCGUCUGCUAAAUGACCAAAGUGUAAAUGUAAUUGAGGUACUUUUUAUAGUUAAGUGUUCUGAGGCCCCCAGGGGCCAAACACCUGCAGCCCUCUCCAGUUAGCACUCAAUUAGCCACCGAUUUACACAUGGCAUGUUCAAAUAGAGGCCCUAAUGAAAUAAUGAGGAUACAGGGUGUGAGGAGAGUGGUGUGACCCCCUAAGCUGCCAAGUCCUAACCUCCUUCCAUCCCCACUCGAGUAGGGUGAAUUUUCCAUCAUGCUCCACACGCGGGCACAUACACCCUCAUCAGUGUCCCUCCCGGCUGCAGGAAGUGCAUGUGUUAAACAAAGACACACGCACACCGCUCAGAAGAUCCAGUCAGUACUUUAGACUUAUACUCACAUUGCCAUCUUCUGGGCAAACACCAAACUACAUCUGCUGCCUCUGUCAUUCCUCUGCAUGAGGCAGAUGCCAGCAGCACAUUUUUUUGUUCUUGUCAGAAAACUUGAUGUGACGGAUAAAUGGUACAUUACACUACUAUACCAUGUGAUUGACUUGUUUGGUCUGACCUGGUGUGAUGUAGAGUUCCAAAAUGUAGAUGACUUUCCCAAAAUUCCAAGGUUUUCCAGAAAUGCCGUCUGGAAGAUUCCUAGAAUUAGAAAGGAAAAUAGGCAGGAAGUUUAGAAUCCCAUAACCAGGAUAUCUGGAGAACUUAGAAAUGUUGCAGCCCUAGUGUAAUGUUAUAUCAGCGGGCCUUCUCUGUGUUUUUAGACAUCAGCAGACAUUACAGACAUCAGCUCUCUACCUACUACAAUCCGCUACAACGACAGCGACACGCUAGCACACCCCAGGGGAUCCAUUCCAGGCACACAACACACAUGUACAACAGAUGAUGCGGAGUUUAUCAGAGCCCUUCGGUCGGGACUUCAUGCCCAGUCUGACAGUUGGAUGUGACAGGGGCCGCGUAGCCGGGGGCCAACCCAACACUAACAUGGCGCUACAGGAGGACCACAGGGGGAUGAGCCAGUCGCUUUCGCCUUUCGGCAGUAUUGAUAGCACGGACAUGGAGUCGAGGAACCCUUUCAGUAUGUUGGACAGCAUGAUGUUCGGCGUGAGGAACAGGAUGGGGAAUAUGCACAGAAACUUUGAGAACCUGUCCACAGACUUGAACGCCAACCCCACUGCCCACUCAUUCAGCUCCUCCUCAGUGAUGACCUACUCCAAGGUUGGAGACGAACCCCCCAAAGUGUUCCAGGCCUCCUCCCAGACACGGCGCGCUCCCGGUGGGAUUAAGGAGACUCGGCAGUCCCUGAAGGACUCUGAGAGUGGCCUGGAGAAGAUGUCCAUUGGACACCAUAUCCAGGACCGGGGACACGUGCUGGAGAAAAAACACAACAAGAAGACAGGCGAACGGGAGCUCAACCAGGACUUCCAGAAUCUGGAUGAAUCCGAGGCGCAGUCCUUUGACAAAGAGUGGCAGCAAGAAGUGUCUAAAUUCCGACCAUUUGUCCCCAUGUCCCGUCUGGAGGCCCCCAAGCCCAGGGCAGUGUACCGGGCAGCCCUCACCGCCGCCACCGGCCCCGACCAGGGACGGAGGGACAAACGAAACCCAAAACCUGAAGGAAGGAAAAUACACAUUGACGAUCUCAACGUCAAAGGCUCAGGCAUGACGAAGCAGUAGAAAUGUCUAGUGAAUAAAGCUAUGUCAGGCAACAAAUCUUUGAUGCUUUUACCUUUCUCCAAGACAAGCUUGGUUUCCAGGUAUUUUGUCUCACAGAAAAUCAGAAUGACCCAGUUGUUGAUAUGCUUUUUACCCAUUAAUUUUCACACUACCAAGUAAAGAGCACUUGUUAAUAAAGUCAGGCACUUAUUCUGUCAGAGUAGAUCCACACAAGCUUCUUCCAAAAAGCUCAGGACUCCUGUGGAAGUAGCAUUAAGACAGGGACACCAUAAGCUACUAGCAAGUGAUAUAUGAUUUCAGAAUCAUGAUAUGAGAGCAGACAUAAUUGGUCACAAUUAGAUAAUACAGUAUAUCGGUCUAUCAUUGGGCAUCAGAUCAAUGUCAAUGUCAUCUCAGAAAUACUAUCCUGCUUUUGGAAAUGUCAUAUUCACAUUGUAUAGAUUGCAUCAAAAGGAAUCAAACGUAUAUAUUUAUGCAGUUUGAAGUCCAUAAGUGCACUUAGAUGUCAAAAUGGUGUACUUUUUUGUGUAAUGGCCACCUGCUGUAAUCUUUGUAAAAAUUAUAAUAUCAUUUUUAUAUUGUUAUUUGAUGUGGGUUUCUUUUUUUUCACCAUGCUGUUAAUUUAUCCCAUAAAACACAGAAUUUACGGUUGGGAUGAAAGUGUCCGGUUAAUUCUGAAAUAUUCUCAUGAUGGGAUUCUUAUCGAUUGACCUCAUAAGAUCCUCAAUUUGAAAAUAAAUAUUUCAUAUCAAAAGUGAA